AUGUCGGACCAGGUGUUUUAUUCGUCUCGUCGCUCGCCCGUGGUCAGUUUGAGCGCGUGCGUAGCGUCCAGUCAGACUCUGGCCACGAGCGCAGGACUGGACGUCCUGAAGCGCGGGGGGAAUGCCGCAGAUGCAGCGGUUGCCGUGGCUGCAGCUUUGGCGGUGACUGAGCCGUGCAGCACCGGUUUGGGGGGCGACGCCUUCUGCCUGUUCUAUAACGCACACACGGGAGAGAUACAGGGGCUGAAUGGAAGUGGUCGUGCUGCUGAGGCCCAGUCCUUGGAUUUCAUGGAGGGGCGGGGUUUCAGUGCAGAAGCCCCGCCCCCUGUGUUUGACGCCCUGAACGUGACUGUACCGGGAGCUCCGGCCUGUUGGUGCGACACACUGCAAAUGUUUGGGAGCCGCAAGCUGCCCCUCCAGGACGUGCUGCGGGGGGCCGUGGAGCUGGCCGACGGGGGGUUUCCGGUGGCCGAGUUGACCGCUCAUCACUGGGGUCGCUGCGCCUCUGAGCUCCAGGCGGCCGGGAGAGCCCUGGGUCCAGAUCUGCUCGUCCAGGGACGGGCACCCAAGUCGGGACAGGUCUUCAGAAACCCAGCCCUCGCUCAGACGCUCAGGGAGUUGGGUGAGCGCGGUAAACCGGCGUUCUACCAAGGCAGAGUGGCCAAAGCGAUUGUGGACGUCCUCAGAGAAAACGGAGGCGUCAUGACUGAAGAGGAUCUGAAGAAACACAACAGUGAGGUCGUUCGUCCAGUCAGCAUCGAGUAUAAGGGCGUGACUCUGUGGGAGCCUCCUCCGAACGGGCAGGGACUGGCCGCUCUGCUGCUGCUCAACAUCCUGGACAACUUCCCCCUCAAAGCUAAGGGCCAUAACAGCGCGGACUACAUCCACAUUUUCACCGAGGCCGUGCGACUGACCCAGGUGGACGUCCUGCGUUACCUCGGCGACCCGGGUCACGUGACAGUCCCCGUCGACGCCCUAUUGGACAAGAGCUACGGCCGCGUCAGAGCCCGGAGCAUCAGCACAGACAGGGCAACGGAGGGAGUGAAACCCGGCCUGCAGACAGGAAGUGACACGGUGUACUUCUGCGUGAUCGACAGCGAGGGGAACGCCUGCUCCUUCGUCAACAGUAACUACCUCGGCUUCGGCUCCGGGCUGGUCCCCAAAGGCUGCGGUUUCUCUUUGCAGAAUCGCGGCGCAAACUUCUCCCUGAUCCGAGGACAUCCAAACGUCAUCUGCGGAGGGAAGCGGCCGUUCCACACCAUCAUCUGCGCUCUGCUCACCGACUCAAACACACGAGAGCUCCUGGCCGCUCUCGGGGUCAUGGGGGCGUUCAUGCAGCCGCAGGGACAUGUCCAGGUUUUGUUGAACAUGUUGGAGUUUGGGAUGAAUCCACAACAGGCUCUGGACGCUCCUCGUGUCUACGUUCACUACGACCAGAAAAAUGGACAGUGGACGGUGAAUUUAGAAGAAGGUAUUGACCAAAGUGUAGCAGAGGAGCUGAGGAGGAGAGGUCAUAAUGUAAACAGCCCAGUUACAGGUCACAUGAGGUGUCAGUUUGGGCGGGGCCAGAUCAUCACUGUGGGUAACUGGUGGGAUCCAUCUGUCAAUCAAACAGAUCGUCCAAUCCCGAGAGUGCUGUGGGCGGGAUCAGACCCUCGAGCGGACGGAUGUGCUCAGGGAUUUUAGAAACAGACACAACAAUAAGAUGAUCAUUUGAACAGCUUUUAAAGAUAUGGGUCUUUUGAUCUAUUUGUAGUCGUAUUUUCUAAUCAUGCAGUUUUUUUAAAAAUACAAGGUACUUUUAUAAUUACAUGUUUGAUCUUUGUGCUACUUGCCCAAAGCCGUCGUUUUCAUCCUCUCACUACCUCAACAAUGAUCAGUGCCUUUAUAGAAUUAUUGUAAUAACGUUUACAUAUAUUUAUGAUGUGCCUCUGAAGUGUACUGUUAUUUAUUGUGAUAUUUGUACCAAAAUAUGUCUUUGUCAUGUGUUUUCAACCCUGGAGAACUCACGGGGUCAAAUUUGGCCGCAGUUAAUUGCUACCGCUACCCAAAAUGAACAAAAAGAAAAAAAUAUAAUUAAAAAAAAAAGAAGUCAAAUUUAACUUCAACUUAAGCCCAGAGUGCCACUUCUGAC